AGAGCAUAGUUACAAACUUUGAAUAAACAUGUUUUAAAUAAAAAACAUCAUCGUGCAGAACCGAGAUAUACAGACAAAAUGAGCGUUAACGUGCGAAACGAAAGUGGAAAUCAAAUAACCAUUAAUAUCAAUCAAGGAAACGGCUCCCAGAAUCUGAGCGAACCUAACAACAAUGGCGAUCAACCUACACAACAGCCACCUCGACCACCAUCGCCACCACCUCCAGUUACAAGUCAACCUGAAGACGAUUUGCCAACAAGAAAUCGUCAGUUCCCACCGAAUGAUCCGCCAAAUGGAAGAAUUUCUGACAGCGUUAACCAGAAAAAAUCGGAGUCAGAAGAAACUCACAUCAUGGAAGAAUAUGAUCACACUAAUGAGUAUGUUGAUAAUAAAUCUACAAAUGACAGUGGAAUUGAAAGUCAAAAAUAUGGCGCGCCAGAAAUCGAUGGACAAUCAACAAAUACUGAGAACCCAUCUUUCUAUGAUGAAGAUACCAAAGUCAAAGAAUUGGCAUCGUCGAGCAGGGUUGACUCCACAACUCGCAACAUGAAACGAAGAAAGACCGAAGUCGACAGAGAAGAAAUGCAAGAUCGGAAAAUAAUAAAAACUGAAGAAGACAAUGAUGGGUUGGGCGUAUUUGCCUCAUUCAAUGUUGCAGAACGGGCUGAAAUUUCCAUCAAGGCAAAUAAAUUUGCCGAAGCCAUCGCAGAACUGCAGCAAUUAGAAAAUAAAGAUUUCAGAAAAACAUUUCUACUGGCUGAAUGCAUGCUUAGAAUGGGAUCGACAAAUACUCGAAACGUCAUUGAAGAAUUAGCAGAGAUUGUGAAAUCCGAUUCCCCGGAUAUUACCGAAAAGUAUUUGUUAGAUUUAGGCAUAUUUAUGCUAAAUAAUGGGAAAAUUGCUAAAGCUAUGGUAUUAUUUACAUGCACUGCGUUUGUUUCGAAUAAAUUGUUCCAAAUAGGAAUGUGUAUAUUUCGAUUAAAUGAAGCAAUUAGAAAAAUUCCAAUUUCAAAAGCCAAAAAGGCGAAAGCCGAUAAGGCAAAGAAAAAAUUUGCACAGUCGCCUUUGCAGAAAAAAUUUGGCUCGUGGUCCAAAAGUUUAGAUCAAUUUGAUGUUUUAAUGAAUAAUAUGUUGGACCAAAUGGAAAUUAUUGGUGGUGCACAACUACGUAAAUAUCAGGCGUUUGGUUUAAGUUGGAUGGGUGCCGCAUCUUAUUUCAUUGGCCAUGACUUCUUCACUAAAGCUGAGGAAUAUAGUGAAAAGGGGCUCCGAAUUAGCCUAGAACUUGGAGGGGAGGGAUACCAUGUUGAAAGAACACGCAGUGAUCUAUAUUCCAAUUAUGGUCAAGCUAUCUGUACCCUGGGCAAAAAGUCGAGUGGUAUUGAUCACAUCGAAACAUCUUUAAAAAUAGCAGAAGGUGUGAAAGAUUGUCCCGAUGAUAAAAUAUCUGAUUUUAAUGACAACAUAAAACAUAAACGGGAGCAACUGGAAUAUUGGAAAAAACGAUUAUAAUGUUACAACAUUACGCUUGAACUAGAACGUUCAAUACUGUAUAUAAAACACUUGAUUAUUUGUUAAUUUUUCUCCAAUAACGAUCCAUUAGAUUGGGUUCCUUACCGUUACUAUUCUAUCCUUAACUUCUUAAAUUUAGUAAAAGAAAAGUGAAGUUUGUAUCAUCUUUUGUUGUGUGAAGUGAGUGAAAUUGUCAAGGGUUUCACAUUUUUAAUUCUUUGCUGCUUGCUAUAAUCGAAGUUAUUCAUCAAUGCUGCAUAGUUUUGUUAUUAAAAAUAAUAAUUUUUGCGUGAAUUAACAAU